AUUUCGCUGUUCACACUCACACGGGCGCGCGCAUUUAUGUAUAUAUAUACAUUGAUGUAUGUGUCUGAGAGAGAGAAGGGCACUUGUCUGUAUGCGUGAGAGUGAAGAGGUAUUUGUGAGAGAGAGAAAGAGAGAGAGUGCGUGUGUGUGUGUGUGAAGGCUGAUGGGGGGUAUUAGUGUCUGAUGACAAACUAUGUUUGACAUUGUUGUUGGGGGAAAAUUGACAAUGAAACACUUAAGCUGUGGAGCUUGGAAAAAUCGUCAGGCUAGCUUAGUCGCUGCACCUCAGAAAAUGGGACAAUGUUUUAUAAAAGAUAAAAAAAUAAAAAACAACCCCCCAUGUAAUGAAUAAAGUUUCCAAGCUCUGAAAAUGAACACCUCAAGGAUGUGAAUAUCCGAAGCAACACCACUGCCACCAACACCAUCAACCAUAAUAAUAACAGAAAUUUGAAAGAACAUCCAUUGACUGCUGUAUUACUGUUCACUCACUGCUGAAGGUUGUCUUUUAAAUUUCAAAAAAAUUCACUUGAUUUUACCCGUUUCAUUUAUAAAGAAGUGUUUUUCUUAUCUAAAACUAAAAUUUUUGAAAUGGUUUCACACAGUUGAAUAAAAACUACAAAAUUGUGACAAUGUCCUCUGAAACUUUUCAUAAUUCAAGGAAAGAGAAGGAAGCCAUUUAUGGUUUUAAGACAAACAUGGCUGAUAAACAGUUUCACAGUAAUAUGUACGACAUGCAGUUUCCACAAAGCUGUGGACUACAACCUGCUGGAUCAGGUCCAUUAAAUGAAAAAUCAUUUCCUUGGGUUAGUUAUAGUGCAGCAAGCAGUAAGCAACCACAGUUUCCAAUGAAUGGUAAAAAUAUGCCCGAUAUAGAGCAUUCUCACAGUAAACAACAAACGACUGCUCCUCAACAUUCCCCUGACGCUCCACCACAACAACAACAACAACAUCCUUCCUCUCAGCCACAACAUCCAUCUUCUCAGCCACAACAUCCAUCUUCUCAGCCACAACAUCCAACUUCUCAGCCACAACAUCCGAAUUCUCAGCCACAACAUCCAUCCUCUCAACCACAACAUCCGACUUCUCAACCGCAACAUCCGACUUCUCAACCACAGCAUCCAACUUCUCAACCUCAACAUCAAUCAAAAGGAGCUUCCGCAACCGAAAAGCCGUUUCACUGUGAUUUGUGUGAAAGUAAAUUUGCCAGGCGGGAAACCCUCGUUUCCCACCGAAGAACCCACACUGGGGAAAAACCUUACACUUGCGAAGUCUGUCAUAAGCAAUUUGCCAGACGAGACACAUUGCAGUCUCACAGAAGGACACACACGGGGGAAAAGCCAUUUCGAUGUGAUUUUUGCAGAGAACAAUUUGCUCGUAGAGACACUUUACAAUCUCAUCGUCGGACACACACGGGUGAAAAACCAUUUGUUUGCGAAAUUUGCCGACGCCAGUUUGCUCAGAGAGAUGCGUUGCAGUGUCAUAAAAGGACCCAUACAGGGGAGAAACCCUUUCGAUGUGAUCUUUGUGUCGAACGAUUUGCUCGAAGGGACACGCUUCUGUCUCACAAACGGACCCAUACUGGGGAAAAGCCAUAUUGUUGUGAUGUCUGUCCAAAGCGCUUUGCUCAGAGAGAUACUCUCCAGUGUCACAAGCGAACUCACACUGGGGAAAAACCAUUCAGCUGCGACCAUUGCCCCAAGAGUUUUUCUCAGCGAGACACCUUGCAGUGCCAUCGAAGGAUUCAUACAGGUGAGAAACCAUUCCACUGUGACUUGUGUGGUCAGAGAUUCGCCCGGAGGGAUACACUCCAAUGUCACAGACGUACUCACACUGGGGAAAAGCCGUAUCAUUGCGACGUGUGUCCUAAACAGUUUUCGCAGCGAGACACGCUUCAGUGCCACAAACGAACGCAUACGGGGGAGAAACCGUUCCAUUGCGACAUCUGCGGAGACCAGUUUGCCCGACGGGACACUCUGAAGUGCCACAUGCGCCGACACACGGGUGAAAGGCCGUUUCAGUGUGAAGUGUGUGCGGAACGAUUCGCUCGUAAGGAUACCCUUUGCUGUCACAAGCGGACCCAUACAUGCGAAAAACCGUUUCAUUGCGAAUACUGCAUUCAGCAGUUCGCACGGCGAGACACGUUACAGACCCACACACGCACACACACUGGGGAAAAACCUUACCAGUGUGGCAUAUGCGGGAAGCAAUUUGCUCGUACUGAUGAGUUUGCGCGUCACAAAAGAACGCACGGUACGAUACCCACUACACCCAGCACUGUCAUCACGCCGAUUACGACGACGCCGCCUCCUCCUCCACCGCCGCCACCAAUAACAACAACAGCGACCACUACCACCACCACCACAAACCAACAUCAAAUCAACAGAAAACAUAGCCACCCACAUUGUUCUGCGGCUACCUUUAUGCAAAACAAUUUCAUCCGAACACCAAACUGUGACAAUACCAACAAACGAUACACUCCAGUUAGUAACUACAUGUGGCAAGCUGUUUAUAUAUAACAUUGACGUGAGAACGCAGUUUGGGUUUGGUUUAAUCUAAAUUACUUUUUAAGGAACUCAAGCUGGGUGUGUUUAUUUCUCACACUUUGCUUCAGCAUUAUUAAUGAAUUUGUAGAAAUCUAUCUUCCUACAGGUAUUAAUUAUGUAGUUUCUAACGACAAGUUUAGUUGUAAUUCUAAUUUGAAUUUUUACUGAAAAUAUUUACUGAUCUAGACAUUUUGUACUUUGUCUAGAUAUUUUUCAAUCCUAAUUAGACAAAAAAAACAAAAACUAUUCAAACAUCCUUUACUAUUGCUUCCAUUAAUUAAUUAUUUAGUUUUUUCAUAAGGCAGCAAACUGGUAGAAUCAUUAGCAUGCUGGGUGAAAUGCUUGGCGGCAUUUCGUCCGUCUGUAUGUUCUGAGUUCAAAUUCAACCAAGGUCGACUUUACCCUUUCUUCCUUUUGGGGUCGAUAAAAUAAGUACCAGUUGAGUACUGGGGUCGAUGCAGUUGACUUAGCCCCUCCCCAAAAUUGCUGGCUUUGUACCAAAAUUUGAAAUCAGUAUUUAGUUUCUCAUCUUAGUCAAUUAGAUAUCGUAGUUUGUAUGCAACAACUUAUAGAACCUAGGUUUCAUUAGUGCUACCACUUGUAUAUUUAGUAUAUAUCUAUCAUUAUAAUAUAAUAUACUAAAUGAAAAAAAAAACACCUGUCUGUGAAAUUCUGUAAUUCAUUGAGAUCCAUUCUUCUCUAUCUUUAUCGUAUGUACCGUAGCUCUCUGUACAAAUGUGUUUUACCUUUUUACUAUGAUUCAAGGUGUAACUGCUUCUGUCAGACAUUAUCAGAUUCAUCCAUAACGAUGAAAAGAUGGCUUGUAAUCAUUAUGUAUCCUGCAAAACUAAUUUUUGUGCAUGAUCUUGUUUUCGUUACGACGUAAAAUAUACAUCUUGCUUCAGUGACCGUAGCUCUUAUGUAAAACAUUACUAUCAACCAUUAAUGCACAUUUUUGCCAGACUACUUUUAUUUUCUCCUAUUUUUUGACAAUUUUUGUUUCAUUUUACAUGGAAACUUGCACAUCCUUAUCAUAAAGUCGAAAUUGAUAUUGUUUGCUAUAAUUUCUUCUCUAGGAUGAUUCAGACCUCAAACGACUUUCAGAUUUCAAAUUCAAUCUUUUUUUAAUUUGUCAACAAAUAAACGUUUGAAUGACAUGAAAAAAGAGAGAUGAGAAAGGAAAAAGAAAGAAUAGAAAAAAGUGUUGGGAAGAAACAGCAGAAGAUGGAGGGGGCGAUGGGCCACAUACCCCAGAACAAAAGGGGUGCUAAUCCAUGCCCCAUUGUAAUGACCCCAAGGGUGUUGCUGCAGAGAAUGGCUGGUGACACUCACUGCUGCAGCCACUCCACUUUGUGGGGUCAUUUCUCUAACCGGUCACCAUCAUCUCUAUUUUGCUGAGGAAAUCGGUAAUACGGGGUCCUAGAACACCUGAGAGAAAACAUGACAAAUUUGCUAUUUUUUGUCAAAACUAGUGCAACAUCUUAAGCAUGAUUAAUUAAGUUAAUGAUUAUUGUUUUUGUUAUUUUCUUUUUUUUUUUUUUUUUUUAAUUGCAUGUUACAAUUUGCAGGAAGUAGUUGUUACUCAUUAAACUAUAUCUAAAGUCUAUAAACAUUAAGAAUUUCAUAUUUCUCUUUGGAACUAUUUAGUUCCAAGAGACUGAAGGAUCCUCCUUUUGCAAUUUUUUUUUUUUUUUUUUUUUUUCAUGACAAAUUAUUUGAAUUUUUAACUGAGAAUGUUUUGAAAAAUGAAGGGAAGAGUUCAACACAUUCUUUUUUUUUUAUUUUAUACUUUUUUAAAUAAAAACAAAUAGCAGAUUUUUUAAUAUACACAAAAUAUGCUGCUUCAUCAAUGCCAAAGAUUUUUUUUUUUUUUUCUGUAGUUUAUACAGUAAGACUGAAAAUAUUUUUCACACCAUGAACAGACUCUAAUCACUCAUCCUACCAAAAUUCAUUUUGAAUAAAUAAUAUUAUCACUAGAGUACCACCACAGCAUGGGCUAUUAAUAUUCAUUUUAUAUCACUGGUGAAACUAAAACAUUAGAGUAAUUGUUAAGUGAAAACCUGAAAUAAAAUUUCUGAAAAAUACCGAAAAAA